GGGAGGCAGCGCGACAGGAGCAGGUCGAGUUGAACGUAAACAAACUCAAACAUCGUUUAACGCGUUGGAAUCUACGAUAAAUGACACGUGCUCGGGCUCAGCUGCGACCCUCGGACACUGUGCACUUGGAUUUAAUCGCCUGGUUUCUAUAAAGUCGGGAUUUAAACGCGGUUAACGCAGCUUGUUGUACCGUGUGUUAGCUUAACAGCAGCUAACAGAAGCUAGCAGCAGCUCCAUGGAUCUGACAGAGAAUUUGUCUGCUCGGGUCCUGCUGAAGAACAUCCUCAGCUCCGAGACCCCCAGGACCCCCAUCACCCGCAGUGCCGCCAAAGAAUUGAGCGCCAGUGAGACCCGGCGCAGCAGUAGACUGAGCAGGAGAGAUGCUGGAGCCCAGACCCCACAGGACAUCCUGAGGCGCAGCUUGAAACAUAACAUGCGUGAGAGUAUAACCAGGAAGUCCUUGCCCACCACUACAAUGAGGACUGCCUCUGCCGGGCCCCGGAAGAUGCAGACUCCCGCCCCAACCUCAAUGCUGUUUGAUGAGGAAGACACACCGAGGCACAUGCUCAGGAACAUCCUGCUGACGGAGCCGGUGAGGUCCCCGGUGGUUCAUGAAAAAGCUGCGUCAGAAGAGCCACAGCUGCCUUCAGCCGACUCCAGCAUGAGCAGCAAGCGUCCCAGUAUUGAGCUCUCAGGGCUGGAUCUGCCUGAUUUAACGUUUGGCAACGCGGCAAGCGUCGCAAAGGGGCUCAGCAGAAAGAGGCCCCACCGAAGCCUUAACGUUACAGCUUUUGAAAAACGACUUAAAGGCACAAGUGAUGUUGGAGAAGAAAGUGAAGCCUCGAUAUGUGAUCAUUCAUCACUUUCCUUAACAAGCUCCACUUCUUUGGGUUUGAAAACCCCCUUUGUGGACAUGCGGUCUGAGAGAAGGGGUCUGCAGAGGAGAGUGGCCAGCCGUAGACAAAUCACAGAAGAAGAAUUCGGUGCUGGUGUAAAUAAAUGGCAUAUGGGAGGCGAUCAUGACCAACCACAGGAUCCGGAUAUGACCACCUACUCUGAGGGCUUCAACCUGGGCCUAAGUGUUGUCAGUGAACCUGAUAUCUCAACAGAUAUCGUCCACUGUAACACCGCCCUCUACACAGAACCUAAUUCCAUCACAUCCAGCUCGUCCAUCGUUGCAACACAGGACAAAGGAGAGACGAGAGACAUGGAGCCAACCGAGGGAGGGAGUGCAGCUGAACUUCAGAGUGAAGAAGGUGUUUCUGAGGAUCAGUCAGAGAAAGAUGUGGGUACAGUUGAAGAGGUGGAGAUGAAGAAUUCAUCUGAUGGCCAAUACUCUGAGGAAGAGGAGAACAGAGUUGAAGCUCAAACAGAGGAGGAAGGUGCAGCUGAUUCUCAAACCGAAGGGAAUGCUGCAAGCAGGUCUCAUUCUGAGGAAGAGGAGGUUGCACCUGAGUCUCAAACUGAGGAAGAAGAUGUAGUGGAUUCUCAGCCUGAAGGGGAUGUUGCAGCCAUGUCUGAGGAAGAGGAAGAGGAGGUUGCACCUGAGUCUCAAACUGAGGAAGAAGAUGUAGUGGAUUCUCAGCCUGAAAGGGAUGUUGCAGCCAUGUCUGAGGUAGAGGAAGAGGAGGUUGCACCUGAGUCUCAAACUGAGGAAGAAGAUGUAGUGGAUUCUCAGCCUGAAGGGGAUGUUGCAGCCAUGUCUGAGGAAGAGGAAGAGGAGGUUGCACCUGAGUCUCAAACUGAGGAAGAAGAUGUAGUGGAUUCUCAGCCUGAAGAGGAUGUUGCAGCUAUGUCUGAGGAAGAGGAGGUUAUACCUGACUCUCAAACAGAGGAAGAGGAAGGGGCCAUUGAUUCUCAGUCUGAGGAGGCUGUUGAAGCUGGGUCUCAGUCGGAGGCAGCGGGUGAUGAAGAGGAAUAUCAAAGUGACCAAGAAGAACCUGCAGCCAAUUCUCAAUUUGAGGAAGUCAAGUCUGUGGUUGAAGAUGAGCAAGAGGAGGGGGAGGAAGGUGAGCAGGCCUCAGACCUGCUGGAGCACAUCAGUCGAAGGGCUCAGCGCUCGCAGGGCGGCCUCAUUAUGCCGGUUGCAGGAGCUGUGGAAGAUUUGCCAGAUGCAACAGAAGAAGGAUGGAGUGAGGGCAAAGCGCACGCUGCUAUAGAGCCGAGCGAGAGCAGCCACCCUCUUUCUGAGAUGCCUGAUGUGGCUGAGUCCUCAACCCAAGGAGAAAAUGACGAUUCUCAGUCAGAGACAGAGUCUGAGGCUGGUAAAGAAAACCCUCCUCUUCCUCUGGAGUUGACGAAUGAUAUCAUAGAUGACGACCGCCUGAGUGAUGCUGCAUUUGAAGAAGAGGUCGCUGCUUUGGACCCUGCUGAACAGGAAGAAGAGUGGGAGGAUGAUGAUGGGGAAGAGAACGAGGACUACAGGUGUGAGGCCCCAGCCUUUGUGAAAGAGAAAAGGACAUUUUUCCCACUGGACCGUCAGGCCUCAACUUCUGUUCUGAAGAAUAUUCAAACCAGCUCCACCAGUGGUACAAGUGAAGCUUUACCAGCAGCUAAACCAAAGCAAGUGCCGCGGAGGAAGAGAGCCCCGGCCAAGAAAAACACCACCCUCCCUAAGACCUACCUGAUGAGCGCGUUCAGACACUUUGCAAAGGCAAAGGUCUCUGCAGAUGUGUACCCUGUCCUGGAUGAAGUAAUGGAUAAAUUCUUUGAGCGGCUGGCGGACGACCUGGAGACGUAUGCAGCUCAUGCAAAAAGAAAAACCAUAGAGGUCGAGGAUGUUGUGCUGCUGCUGAAAAGGCAGGGUCAUGUGAAUGACAAGGUGCCGGUGGAAGUGCUCAUUGAGAAAUAUCUUCGCAUGGAGCAGCGCAAGCUCUUGAUCCCCAUCGCGACGAGUGGAAAUGUUGUCAUCCCUAAAAAACAGAUUUGAAUAUUUCAUGUACAGCCUUAUGCUUUUUAUUUGGUUUCAUCUCCGGCCUCUUCACAUUGUUUUUACAUGCAUUUGUUAGCAAUGCUGUUAUUUUGAAUGUUACGUUUUGUAUAGAUUUGUACAUAUUUGUUAAUAUAUUCAACACUAACAACUAAAUUGUUUGUGAUGUUUAUGAAUUUUUCUGUCUUGGCUUUUUCUGUAAUGACAUAAUGUGAGUGUUGAUUAUUUGGUGGUAUCGGUGAUGAACACAUGUAUUUGUCAAUUUUCUUAAUUUAUCUCUUUAUGCACAUGAUUUCUUGUCUGACAGCAUAAAAGAAAGAGUCUUUGAAAAUGGAUAAAUAUUGAAAUAAAGUUCCCUGUCUCUUU